GCCAGCAGUCUGAAGUGGCAGAUUGUGGGUGUCCCCAGUGGAGAGCCAGGGAGGUCUAUGUCAUCUACCUCCUAAGAGCCAGGGUCCAGGUAACCAACUGUCACACUCCGAAACUCGACCCAGCCAAGAUGUCUGGACGCCAGGUGAGUCGAUCCAACACGUACAGCCGCGUGAGCCAUCCCAACAACACUUCCAUUCCUCCCAGAACUCCAGGCUGGACCCAGUGCUCCAAUAUGAACAACGGCCAGGACCUGAGGACCCGUUUCCCAAGCGGCUCUGAGGUCAGCAACGCCAGCAGCUACUCCUCUGAGCAGUCCUUCACCCCCGUCCCUGCAAAUCUUCCCGUGGGGAAAAUCUGCAUGGGCCGGCCCUACGACUCGAAGUGUGUAGAGACAAGCCACCUGGUGAAAGACCCCAAGGUGGUCAAAAAGCCCACUUAUCAACGUAGCAACCCCCAAUGCCUGCUCUGCACAGACCGUCCAUCACGCCCCCCGAGCCCUACCUUCCUGGACCAGCUCAUCAAAGGCAUCAACUACCUGGACAGAUCCACCAACGUUUUCGGCAACAACUACCCCAAAGCUCUGAGCUUGCCUCAACUGGCUGCCACCUACCUGGAACGAGCUGCCAACUCCCUCUACCUGGACCCGAUGGACCAUGUCCCAUCCCGCAGCUAUUCGAGUCCGAACACUAACAUGGCUACCACCUCCAACCAGACUCCAGCCAACAACACCUGCUUGGUCCCUUCCAUCCGGGACACCAACACUCUGCAGCGCACUAGUGGUUCCACUAGCUUGAGCUGCCAGCACCAGCCUUAUAACCAGAGCUUCUCUGCCGAGGCGCCCCCGAGGCCAGGCAUAAAGCUGCCCGAGAUCCCUCUGUUUGGCAAUGGGCUCUUUUCCUUAGGUCGUCUGCCCAAGUUCUGGGAAGCAAUCCGCUCCGGAUUGAAUGCCCCUGAAUCUACCUCUAAGCCCUCCGGCUGGUGGUGACAUAGAUGCCAGUUCUGUCAGUGGGCACAUGGCCAUGGUGUAGAAAAUAAAAAUUGUCAUAUGACAAAC